AUGGAUUCGAGGUCCGUUUAUUCUCUCUCGGUGCUUGCGCCUCAACAGGACCCUGGCUCUGAGCCUCGCACGGAACUUCAAGCAAAACUUAAAGAGUUUGUCCUCGCCUUCCAGCUGGACGGAUCCUACAUCUACCGAGAUCAAAUCCGGGAGAAUGUGCUGGUCAAGCAAUACUAUUGCGACAUCGACCUCGCGCAUCUUAUCUCAUACAAUGAAGAGCUGGCACACAAAUUGACCAGCGACCCAGCAGAUGUCAUCCCACUAUUCGAGGCCGCACUCAAACAAUGCACUCAGCGCAUUGUGUUUCCACACGAUCCCAGCGUCCAGCUACCACAACAUCAACUCCUUCUACACUCCUCAGUCUCGCACAUUUCAAUCCGAGAUCUAAAUGCAACUAACGUCUCACAUCUUGUACGAAUCCCCGGCAUUGUCAUCGGCGCAUCCACACUCUCCUCCAAAGCAACUCUCCUGAGCAUACAAUGUCGGAAUUGCGAUCACGUUCAGCAGUUGGCCAUUGAGGGUGGCUUCUCCGGAAUCACAUUACCGCGGACGUGUGGCAGAGUCAAAGUCCCUGGUCAAGACGAAGGCGAAUCAUGCCCCCUGGAUCCUUAUUUUGUUGUUCAUGAGAGUUCUCAAUUCAUUGAUCAACAAAUCCUCAAGCUACAAGAAGCCCCUGAUCAGGUCCCAGUCGGAGAACUACCGCGCCAUAUUCUCGUAUCAGCAGACAGAUAUCUCACAAAUCGCGUUGUUCCUGGCUCGCGAUGCACUGUGAUGGGUGUCUUCUCAAUCUAUCAACCAAACAAAGGCAAGAAAGAUAGCGCAGUGGCGAUUCGAAACCCUUAUCUACGAGCUGUUGGUAUUACCGCCGACGUGGAUCAUACUAGCCUUGGUGCGAGCAGCUUCUCAGAAGAGGAAAUCCAAGAAUUCGAGGAAAUGUCGCGACUGCCUGAUCUGUACGAGCGAUUUGCGAAGUGUAUAGCGCCAUCAAUUUACGGAAACGCAGACAUCAAGAAAGCAAUCGCCUGUUUAUUAAUGGGCGGGUCCAAAAAACAACUCCCAGAUGGCAUGAAAUUACGAGGUGACAUCAACGUACUCCUGCUAGGUGACCCUGGUACAGCCAAGUCACAACUUCUCAAAUUCGUUGAGAAAGUAUCUCCCAUUGCAAUUUAUACAUCGGGGAAAGGUUCCUCUGCAGCAGGUCUGACUGCUUCUGUGCAAAGAGACACCCAGACACGUGAAUUCUACCUCGAAGGUGGUGCUAUGGUCUUGGCCGAUGGCGGUGUGGUAUGUAUCGACGAAUUUGACAAGAUGAGAGACGAAGAUCGAGUGGCCAUCCAUGAAGCUAUGGAACAGCAAACGAUCUCGAUUGCAAAGGCGGGUAUCACUACCAUCUUAAAUGCACGAACAUCAGUUCUCGCAGCUGCAAAUCCCAUUUUCGGCCGUUACGACGAUCUCAAGUCUCCUGGAGAGAACAUUGAUUUCCAGACCACCAUUCUUUCAAGAUUCGAUAUGAUUUUCAUUGUCAGGGAUGACCAUGAUAGGAACCGCGACGAGCGAAUCGCAAGGCACGUCAUGAGCAUCAAUAUGGGCAAUCGAGGGGUAGAAGAGCAAGCCGAAGCAGAAAUUUCAGUGGAGAAGAUGAAGAGAUAUGUCAGGUUCUGCAAAUCACGAUGUGCACCGCGCCUCUCAUCGGCUGCAUCCGAAAAGCUAUCCAGCCACUUUGUCUCAAUCCGCAACCGAGUCGCACAGUCCGAACGUAACAACAAUGCCCGCUCCUCAAUCCCCAUCACAGUCCGCCAGCUCGAAGCCAUCAUUCGCAUCACAGAAUCUCUGGCCAAACUAACGCUCUCCCCUGUCGCCGAGGAACAGCACGUCGAUGAAGCGAUCCGCCUCUUUCUUGCCUCAACAAUGGAUGCCGUCUCGCAGGGCGAGUCGGCCGGCGGCAUGGGCGGCAACCGUGAUCUCAUGGACGAGGUGUCAAAGGUCGAAGAGGAACUUCGCAGACGCUUGCCCAUCGGCUGGAGCACCAGUCUUGCGACCCUGAGGAGAGAAUUUGUUCAAGGCCGAGGCUACAGUGAAGCUGCACUUGCGCGGGCACUGCACGUCUUGCAGCGUCGUGAGACUGUUCGGUUACGCAAUGGUGGGAGUCAGGUCUAUAGAUCCGGUGUUUGA